AUGGCUCGACAGCCAGCUAAGCGUCGUAAAGUAUCUACGCAGCACUUGGAUGUCGAAGGUGACGAGGACUGGCAGAGCGAUGAGCUUUCUUCUCUCGGCGGCUCCGAGGAGUCUCAAUCCAGUUCUGACUCGGAAUCCGAUUCCAGCUCAAAUUACAGCUCAGAUGAAGACGACGAACACGAUGUGAACACCUUGUUGAAAGGUCCCUCAAAGUCCAAAAGCAAAGCAGUAGUUAAACCAACUUCAUUCACCAGCCCAGCCGUGGAGAAGGUCGACCCAGCUGCAGGACCAAGCGAAGGCCUUAGACGCAAACGUGGUCGGCCAAAGAAGGAGCCCGUUCCAAAAGUGCCCAAGAAGCGAGGUCGACCGCGCAAAUAUGCACCAGGCGAAAAACGCCCCCGCGCGUCAAGGCGCAAGUUCAAUGAAGACGGUUCACCAAAGAAACGUGGACGACCAAAGAAGGUGAUUGACCCGGACGCUGUCAUGAAUAAGGUCCCUAAACGAAGAGGAAGACCGCCAAAGCUGCGUGAGCCAGGCGAAGAGGACAAAAAGAGUGGCAAGCGCAGAAAGAGACGCGAGUUUGAUCUGCUGGCAGGACUCGACUUGGAAUUUGAUGACCACGAUGGUGUGGCCAUCGUUGAUGGAGGAGGGGCCGACGACGAUGACGACUGGCUAGACGAGACCGACUCGCCGAGAAAGCAGGACGACAUCCUUGCUAGGCUAAGAAGGAGGAUCCUGUUCCGACAACAAGACGCCGAGCUGGCUGACUUUGUUGAAAAUGUUGACACUGACAGGAAUGCGGAGGUAUCGGCCUUCAAGACUGAAGGCAAUGAUGGUGUUGAAGAGAGGCUCGACCAAGGUCCUCGACCUGGUCUUCCUUUGCACAAACCUGCCAUCACCUCUGACAUUCCAUCUUCCGAGAAGCGCAAAGAGCGUCAGCCGUUUGACGCUCAAAUCAGCGAUGGAAUGUCUGCUUUGGCGGAAGCAGCUGCUUCCGCUGCUGCCGAGACCGAAGAUCUAGCUAAGCAGCAAAGACCAAAGGGUCGACCGCCUGGAUCAAAAAAUCGACGACCCGACUGGGAGAACAACCCCCUUUUUGCCGCUACACGAAGUCACACCACCGCAGGCCGCUCCAACCUCAACAGCGUCGACCAGAGAACUUCUCUAUCACUAUAUGGCGCGCCCUCUCCCACGGCCAGAGACAUCAAUAGUACUACCAAUGGUUCGAACCUUGUGAAACCCACAUCUUCCGACGCGUACUUCCUUUUCAACACAUCGAAGCGAGCUCGUGGCUUAGCAGGCAUGGGUAUUGGAACCUCUUCCUCACUCAUCUCUUCCAAACUUCCGGCCUUGGACGCACGAAAUCUCGAGCGUGUCAUCACCGAAAAUACGCGGAGCGGCGCAUCCAUCUCCGACGUUGCCACAAGCAUGUAUUGUCAUCUUUUUCCCGUCUACUUAGCCCAACUUCUCGCCGGAUACUCGAUCAUAUUUCACGGUGUAGGAAGCAAGACAAAGCUGCUAGCAGAGCUUGUAGACAAACGGAUCGAUUCCGAAGGCGAUGCGGUCGGUGUGGUGGCUCAAGGCGCUAUGAAAGGAUUCAAGGUGGAAGACAUGCUGACCGAGAUCGAGAGGGCGGCGGGAUUGGGGUCAAUGACGUUGUCGGCCGAUGCAGCGACAAGAUUGGGGGAAGAUCAUGGACAGGCGGGGUUGGUGGUAUCAACACUUACAGCAGCGAGAGCCGAAAGAAUCGUGCGACGCUUCUCUAGGGAUGACCUUGUGGGCCCGUCGAAGCUAUUCUUGAUCCUUGAGACUUUUGAUGCGCCGGGUAUGCAGUCGCUGCGAUUCAAGAGCGUCCUUGAAACGCUGGCAAAGUCAAACAAUAUUCACAUCAUGGCUACGACCGAGCACGUCAAUUCUGGCUUUAUCGCAUCCACCACAGGACAGCAAGUAUCAUCGCCUCCAACCGCUUCGAAAAGAUCGGUGGUUGACCGGGAUCGAGAAGCCACUAAGAGGACGAGCGGCCGACUACGUUGGAUCUGGCAAAACAUGUCGACCUUCACACCUAGCUUGGACGAGAUGCUCAUCAUGCGUUCAAACCCAGCCUUCGCAUCGUGGAUGCCAAUUCUCCCACCGUGUCUCGACCUUAUGGGCUCCGCCGCCUCACUGACCUCUCGGCACAUGCAACCUGUUGGCACCUCUUCAUCCGGAUCUGCACUCAAUGGCGCUGAUGGUUCGGGUAACGUAGCGUUCUACAACGGUCUCCAGGUAUCUGACACCUUCCGUACCGUUUCAGAAACAUCGGCCAUUUCCAUUCUCAAGUCGGUGACCACAAAAGCAAGAGCGCUAUUCAACAUGUUGGCGAAACAGUCGCUUGUGGGAAGUGACACUGGUGACACCAAAGGCGCAGGCGUUGGUGGUGUCGACUACGCGGAUCUAUUGAAUCGAGCCAAAAGGUCGUUCUUGGUGUCAAACGAGUCGGAUUUCAAGUCUCUUCUGAUCGAGUUCAAGGAUCAUCAUCUGUGCCAUAUCAGCAAGCAGGGUAUCGUCUCGAUCGGGUUGGCGGAUGCAAAGGUGUUGCAGGCCGUGUUGGAUAAGUUAAAGUCAAUCUGA